CCUCCCCGCUUCCCGUCCGAGAGUCGCGAGGAUGGCGGCGGCGGCGGCGGCGGCGGCGCCCGAGGUGGAGUACGAGUCGGUUCUGUGCGUGAAGCCCGAUAUCAGCGUCUACAGGAUCCCGCCGAGGGCCUCGAACCGGGGAUACAGGGCUUCUGACUGGAAACUGGACCAGCCGGACUGGACAGGACGCCUCCGCAUUACCUCUAAAGGCAAAGUUGCAUAUAUAAAACUAGAGGACAAAGUUUCAGGUGAGCUUUUUGCUCAGGCGCCAAUAGAUCAAUAUCCUGGCAUUGCUGUGGAGACUGUGACUGAUUCCAGUCGGUACUUUGUCAUCCGGAUUCAGGAUGGGAAUGGGCGAAGUGCUUUCAUUGGCAUUGGCUUUGGAGACCGGGGAGAUGCUUUUGACUUCAAUGUUUCCUUGCAGGAUCACUUCAAGUGGGUGAAACAAGAGUCGGAAAUCUCCAAGGAGUCCCAGGAAAUUGACAGCCGUCCCAAGCUUGACCUAGGGUUUAAGGAAGGACAGACAAUUAAAUUGAACAUUGGGAACAUGCCAUCGAAGAAAAGUGGGGCAGCCAAGCCACGUCCAUCUGGAUCAGGGGGACUAAGCCUGCUCCCGCCACCUCCCGGGGGCAAAAUUGUACCUCCUCCUGUGCCACCUCCUUCCUCAACUGCUAUUUCCAAUCAUGUCACACCACCGCCGGUGCUGAAAUCCAGCAACGUGGGCAAUGCAGAUAUCCUGCUAGACCUCGAUUUAACACCUCCCGUUCCAAAGGUGCCUGCGCCUGCUGUGGUUCCAGCCACCACAGACCUCUGGGGAGACUUCAACACUGCGUCCAGCACAGUUCCCAGCCAAUCGCCCCAGACACCCAAUUGGGUCCAAUUCUGAAACAAUCUUGAGUUGGUGACGUAGGAAUGGACCAAUGACCGAGACUCGAGGCACCUGAAGUGGCAGGGGAGUGAGCUGACGUCCUUGGCUCUUCAGUCAAAACUUGACUUCUGGACAAUCUUCCUCUUUUUGUUAAUGUUUCCCAUUUGCAUUGAUGCGUUCAGUUUUUCUCUCGUGCAACAGAACUGCAGAGACGUGCUCUGUGGUCACUUCGGAAGAGUGGGGGCUCUGACUGGCUUCUAUAAAUAAUACCUGCCCGCUUAGUGGCUGCCUCUUCGAAGGAGAAUUAAGCUGACACUGUGUGAAAUGGGAGAAGAUUGCACAGACUUGGCUUUCCUAGGUAGGCUCAGUUCCCCUUUUCUUCUCCCAGCUUCCACAGCAGCAGUGACCUUAGGUGGGGCAGGUGUGAUUUGCAGGCUGACUGCUAAUCACCCUAACCGUUAACUGACACUAAUAUGUACAUUUCAGCCAAGAAGGAAAACAAAAGCCAUUCUUGAAGAAGCCACCCUGGAGUUCCCUGGGACGGGCUGCUUUGUCAUAGCAUCUUUAUGAUGGAAUUAAUUUAAUCCUUCCUCAAAUGUUCCUUCUCCUGUCAAAUCUGCAGUAGGGGAGGGAUGACGGGGUCCUGUGCAAACCUGUCGUUAGGUUCCCACAAAUCCCUCAACUCCCUCCCCCCAAAGGCACUAAAGACAGUUGGCGCCUUUAAAACUGGAAAUGUGUGGAAAGGGUGCCAGCAUGCCAAGGUGUUCUGCUGCUUCCAUCCUUACUGGGAACAAGAGCAGAGCCGGCUGCUCGCCAGUUUUUAGGAGGAGGAGCUCAGUGUCUUCUGGAAAUCCUGUCUCUGGGCAAGGCAGCUUGGUGCCGAUUUUCACUCUCAAGUUCGGUGGAACUUCUGCACUUUCAUUGUGUUUUAAUGUGAAAGACGUCUAGGCACUUAACGCAUAGUUUGUUGCAAAUGGCAAGCUGCUGUCACCAGAUUGGCCAAAGCAGCAGAGGGGUCUCUGCACAGACUUCCAAAAAAUGAAUUUCAGGUUCUGAAAUAGUACUUUUUGGCCAGUGUGAUUUACCUUGUUGCAUCGCGAUAGUCUCUUCCCCAGCAAAUAUUAUUGGAUCAUGAAGUUAUCUUGGGCAGAGUCUUUUCCUUGCUGCACAUCCUGUACAAAGCUUCUUAUUUUGUAGUUCCUCUGUCCUUUUGUCCCACCAGCUGCCUUGGUGGCUGUGCAGCCCCCUCCCUUCACUCUAUUGGCUGGAAAUAACUUUUAAAGCACCUGCUUUGCUUGACCUCCUAGCAGCAAGAUGCACUUCAUUACUGAACACUAGAUUUGUAAGUUUCACAGUGGUUUCUUCUUGUUCUGCCAAUAGGCAGUAGUCACUGUCCCGUAAUAUCAGCUAGAGGCUUUGUAUGUAGACACAGUCGGUGUCCUCUGUGACCCUGUGGUUUGGUGCUUCUAGGUGGGCGUAGUUGAAUCAGGGCGCUUCUGAACAAGUAUCCUGAUGUUUUCUCCUUUGAUCAUGUCCUUGCAAACCCUUUGCGGAAUUCUUUGAUACCAGAAUAGCUUACGGAAAUUCUGUUUGUUAGUCAUUGGGAAGCAAAGUCUUCUAAGGAGUUUUGUAAAGUUGUAUGCACAUCUUGUCUCUGAUUUCUAGCUACUUCACUUGUGGGAUUUGGGGGAUGGAGGCCUGCUUUUUAAGGCUUUCCAUUCAUUAAAUACCCAGAUAUUCAUCUCACUCAUGGAGACACGCCCUAAGCUUACCUGCUUCUUCAGCUUUAUAUUGUUUCACUGCUGGUUAUAAACUGUUUUCAAGUUACUUUCCUUGUGCUAUCAUAUAAGCCAGCCCAAGAAUUCUCGAAUUUGGCCAAAUAUUCCGUAUCUGUAGCAGGUCUUAUCAUUUCAGUAACUCUGUUCAGACCUCAAGUAUUUGGUAAUAUCUCGAAGAGACUAAUCAGGAGCCUCUCCCUCCUUUGUUGUUUUUUUAAGUUGUUAUUAUCAAGAUAAUAUACUAUGUAUUGGCAGAAACUGAAGUAACAUUUCAUCUAUAUGUAUAUAAAGCAUAAGAUGUACUGGUUCAAUAUUAGCAAUUAAAAUCAAGGAUAAAAUUGG